AUGCAAUUGAGACAGCCUAAAGAUGUGGGCCAACAAUUAAACUCUGUCUAUGGCCUAAAAUAUCUCUGGUGGAAUUUCUCCAUUAUCGGUAUACAUCCUCCUGCGGCCGUACAACAACAUCCAGUCUGGCGUACCGUCUACCUUGUGUAUGCAGUGGUAAUUAAUAUCCUGGCAGGUUUUUGUCUACCCGCCUCCAUGUUGGCCAAUCUGUUCAUGCUCAAAUCAUUGGAGGAAAUCAUUGGAAAUUUGUCGUUGAGUAUGACCAUUGCCAUAUCGAUGACCAAGGAAUUGGCCAUUCUAUAUUGUCGCAGUCGACUCUUGAAGGCAAAUCAUUACUUGCGUCUGUUGGACGAACGUAGCAAUGACCAUCCACAGGAUCGUAUGCGUAUCUUGACGGCUGUACGUUUGUGUCAUUGGUAUUCCACCGUGUAUAUUUCGUUUUAUGGUUUUUGUGCCAUUGGUUUCGCCUGCAUCGGUUGGAGUAAUCAUACAUUGGUGUACAGUGGUUGGUUUCCCACACUCUUUGCCGACGAGCGUAGCAAUUAUUUGGCUGCAUAUAUUUUCCAAAAUUUAGCUCAGACAUUUACUGUCUUUCAAAAUGGUAACAAUGAUAUGUAUCCGUUGUGUUAUAUAACAUUGAUGAUAUAUCAUGUUCGGGCAUUGGCAGAUCGUAUUCAACGUGUUGGAAGAGAGGCGACAAGGGGUGUGGAGGAUAAUGUGGCAGAGUUAAAGAAUUGUAUACAGGAUCAUAAAAAUGUUCAAUCCUAUUUUGAAUGCAUUAGUCCCGCCAUAUCAUCGACAAUGUUUCAACAGUUGUGGAUUGCCGCCUUUACUCUCUGCUUGACAGCCAUCAAUUUGAUGGCUUUCGAGCGGACAUUUGCUGAGAAAAUAUUCUCCGUUGUCUAUUUGGUUGUGAUACUCAUUCAGAUUUUCCCCGCCUGUUUGUGUGUGACUUUUAUGAUGUCCGAAACUUCAAAUUUGACAACGGCCAUGUACAAUUGUAAUUGGAUUGAACAGAAUCACAACUUUCGACGAAUGUUAAUUACUUUUAUGCAACGUUCACAGAAAAUCAAUGUCAUCUAUGCCGGAGGCUUGGCACCGGUUACAUUGCAAACGUUUUUAUCAAUUAUUAAGUUUUCGUUUUCGAUGUACACCAUAUUGAGUCAGAUGAAAAUAUAA